UAGUAUUGUUGGGGUCCUGAAUGGUAGCACUCAAUGCUGCAAUCCCACAGCUUCUGUACAUACCUUUAAUAGUGUAAGGGCCUACCUCUCUGUCUCUCCCUUUCUUUCUUAAAAUCAUACACACCACAAUUAAUUCCACAUAAACAUUAAUUUAGAGGUAGUCACGAUUCUCACAUGACUGAAGCUCCCCCACCCUCCACCGGCUUUAAAUGGAAAAGUGACACAGCUGAAUUUUCUUAAUAGCUUUUUCAACCCGUCGACAGUUGCGUUAAAAAAAGAAUGCAGAAGCCGAAAAGGCAAGAAACUCCAGUGAGUCAUGGAAGUGGGUGUGUUUCUGCAGAGAACGGCUUUCGUAAUGCACCCAUGGAACAGAAAACCCCCUGUAUGCAGGCUCCUCCGGGCUGGCAGAGAGCUCGCCUCCUUUACUACCAGCGUGGAGAACAGCUGAGCUGCUUUCUGUAAUGGCAAUUGGAAGCUUUCAAGGACCAUCUGGUUGGAUAUGGGCAUGUCAGAGAUUGGCAAGUAGUUAACACAAUGGUGCGGUGGAGGGCAAACUCUGGGCAGCCUUGGCAGUGAGUGGCGCUUGGGGAUCACUGGUCAGAAGGUGACCGUGAUGACGGCCUGGUCUAUGGUGGAAAAGCUGAAAAUGGAGAAGCGGCAUUCCCAAGAAGAGAGGGCGGCGGACCAAGAUGGCGGGGAUUGCAGCCCAGAAUCGGAGGAGUGGACAAGCUCCGAGAGCGAGCCAGAGCAGCAACCGCCACCUCCCAGGAACAGUGGCAGCAACCCACAGUGGCGGGAGAAGGAGAUUUCCCAUAAGCCUCACCGGCAGCUCUGCCGCUCCCCUUGCUUGGACCGCCCCAGUUUCUCACAGAGCAGCCUCCUCCAGGAUUUGAAGCUGGAGGAGAACAAAACGAGCCUGAACAAAGAAUACCAAGCCAAAAUCGAUUUUGCUGUAAAACUGGGCUAUGCUGGGGAUCAGAUCCAAGCUGUGUUGAACAAGCUGGGGGCGGACGCUCUCAUCAAUGACAUUUUGGCUGAGCUUGUGCGGCUUGGCAACAAGACUGAGAAUGAAGGGCAAGUGAGUACCGGGAGCACCUCUGGACCUGCUGGUCCUGGCCCAAAGGAGACGGCCAGCCCUGAGCUCUCUUUGGAAGACGAAGUGGUGGACAGCACUGACAAUUUGAGGCCAAUCGUCAUUGAUGGCAGCAACGUAGCAAUGAGCCAUGGGAAUAAGGAAGGCUUUUCCUGUCGUGGGAUUCAACUUGCUGUCGACUGGUUUCUGGAGAAGGGCCAUAAGGACAUUACGGUGUUUGUGCCAACGUGGAGGAAGGAGCAGUCACGGCCGGAUGCACCCAUUACAGAUCAAGAAAUUCUGCACAAGCUGGAGAAGGAAAAAAUCCUGGUCUUCACUCCUUCGCGGAGGGUUCAGGGGCGGAGGGUGGUCUGCUACGAUGACCGCUUCAUAGUGAAGCUGGCUUACGACUCUGACGGCAUCAUCGUGUCCAAUGACAAUUACCGAGACCUCCAAAAUGAGAAGCCAGAAUGGAAGAAAUUCAUAGAGGAACGGCUGCUGAUGUAUUCUUUUGUCAACGACAAGUUUAUGCCACCUGAUGACCCACUAGGGCGCCAUGGCCCUAGCCUUGAAAACUUCCUAAGGAAGAAGCCUGUUAUUCCCGAACAUAAGAAGCAGCCAUGUCCUUAUGGCAAAAAAUGCACCUAUGGACACAAGUGUAAAUAUUACCACCCAGAACGUGCAAACCAGCCACUGAGAUCUGUAGCAGACGAGCUUCGCAUCAGUGCCAAACUAUCUGCUGUAAAAACCAUGAGUGAAGGAGCACUAGCAAAAUGCGGCACGGGAUUAGUACUCUCCAAAGGGGACCUUGCCUCGGAAGUUAAGCGCAUUGCUCCGAAACGUCAGUCUGACCCAAGCAUCCGGUCUGUGGCCGUGGAACCCGAGGACCGGCUGUCAAUGGCCCGGAAGUCUGAGGCCAACUCCGUCCCUUCCCUCGUUUCAGCGUUGAGCGUCCCAAUCAUCCCGGCUUCCAAAAGCCAUGCAGCUGGGGCUUUGAACACACGAUCGGCGAGUAGCCCCGUACCAGGUUCAUCUCACUUUGCGCAUCAAAAGUCCUCCCUGGAGCAUAUGUCCAGUGUGCAGUAUCCUCCAAUUCUGGUCACCAAUAGCCAUGGUGCUUCCAUCAAUUAUUCGGAUCAGUACCCAAAAUACGAGUCUUUGGGAGACCAUGGCUAUUAUUCUAUGCUCAGCGACUUUUCCAAUUUGAGUAUCAGCAGCAUGCACAACACGGAUUAUUACGGGGCGGAGGUCGACCAAGGUUUAUACUCCAGAAAUUCAAGCCCGUGUCCUGAUACUUGCCUAAGCCAUACGACCAGUGAUCCUUACUCUUCGUAUGGCGACCUUUACCUCGGGGUGGGAGAUGCAAGCCCCGAGGACAACGUCAAGGCUCGCCUCCCACCCCAAAACCGCCUCCCGCCCUUUUCUCAGGGAUAUCACGAGGCCUUGACGAGAGUCCAGAGCUAUGGCACAGAAGGGUCCAAACGCCCUCUCCACAAGCACUCAGCCUCCCAUUUGGCACUCCACGUCCAACAUCCGGUCGUUGGGGCACGGUCCAGUUGUCCGGGGGACUACCCCACACCUCCAAACGUCUACCCGUCGGCCACCACUCAGCCGAGCCGUGCCCUUGUUAUGACGAGGAUGGACAGCAUUUCCGACUCGCGGCUGUACGAGAGCAAUCCUGCCCGGCAGAAGCGGCCGCCCUUGUGCCGGGAACAGCACGCCAGCUGGGACCCACUGCCCUGUCCCACGGACACUUAUGCUUACCAUUCCUACCCUCUGAGCAGCAACCUCAUGCAGCCAUGCUACGAGCCUGUGAUGGUGAGGAGCAUGCCUGAGAAGAUGGAGCAGCUCUGGCGCAACCCGUGGGUUGGGGUCUGCGGGGAGCUGCAGGAGCCCCAUAUCAUCCCCGAACAUCAGUAUCAGACGUAUAAGAACCUCUGCAAUAUAUUCCCAGCUGGCGUUGUCCUUUCUGUCAUGGAGAAGAACCCUCACAUGACUGAUGCACAGCAGUUGGCCGCCAUGAUUGUGGCUAAAUUGAGAACGGGCCGCUAAACAUCACCCCUUUAAAUGUGCAAAGAUAAAUGAUUGAUAAAUGACCCCUGUGCAGAUCCCUAUGAUAAUUCUGCAACUGUAAAUAGUUUCUAAUGGUGAUAUAUGACUCUGUAUAUUGUCGCAAUUAUUUAAGACAUGUGAUGCAGGUUAUAUUACAAACACGAGUAUUUAAGGAUUUUUAAAACUGUUCUUUUUUUAAAAAAAGGCAUUUUAACAGGCAGCGCAGACCUUAUGCAUGGAUGUAUCACUUAUUGAAUCCCAAAGGUCAUGUGUUGAUUUGUCUAAAAACAGGUCCUUCAAAACUGUUAGCAAUUAUAUUGCAUGUGUCAGAGUAUAGUUUUCAGUAUGGACACGUUGCCCCAGUCAGAUAAGCUCUCUGCACUUAAAACAUCCUUUAUGAAGGGAAGCUUGGGCCGCUCUUCUUAAUAGCAUCCACAGAUUGGCACACUUUGCGUGGCCUCAUUGUGAAGGGAAGCCACUUGCUGUGUAAAUGUCCUUUUGUAGGUAAAAGAAAUGCUCAAAUAAGGGAGAAAAUGGACUUAAUACUCUUUGAAGAAAGGAACGCCAGUGAAAAAUGGAAUGCUUGAAAAGCAUUAGUAUUUAUGAGCUUUAUAGAUGGGUUCAUUUCAGGUCAACAGCAGCAUGUUGUGUCUCCGAUCUGGUUCCUCCUUUUUUCUGAGUUGGUGUGAAUAUAGAAUUCAACAAAGUCAGGUAUAAAUAGAGCCAGAUUUAUUUGAUAGUGAAGGGCAGGUCAAAAGGGAUGCUGAAGGAUUGGGUUGGUUUUUGUAUUUGCACUCUGACCAUGCAAAGGGGUGCGUCUGCUUCUGCGAGUUGCAGUGUUUGUGCAAUGGGCCUUUUGGGCUCAGGAUAGGCAACUCUGCAGUCCAAUGUCUCCCGCAAGAGGUGUCUCUGGUGGUGGCAGCUGCCAUGUUUUUCUUCUUUUUUAAAUAGAACACAAGCUGCACUGACGGGACGCCCUUUUUAAAUCCAAAUGUGUAUUUCAACAUUUUGAACCACUACUACUAACUCGGCACGUCUCGAGCUAGGACUUGUUGACUUCUACUGUAGUUUUUUUUCAUGAAAGUCGAGAAGGCCCGGUCUCCCGGCCUUUGGUCUCUUCAUGAGAAGGUGUGACACUGCCUAAUGUUUCUUACUUUGAAACACACGGAAUGUGAGGCUGCAGUCAGGGUUGUUUCUGGCGUUUUGGUCAGGGCUCGCCAGCUGCUUUCGGGUUGUUUUUGGAUCCUUUUUGGGUGGGGG